ACAAUUGUGAACCCGUUUUUCAACUUCCGCAAUCUCCUAUCGACGCCGCGCAUGCGCACUCCAGCUCCACUUCUUCCGUCAUCCGAAAUAGUUGCACCACAAUAUUGAAACUUUCUCUGCUGCGGCUGUGACACGAUGACUCCCCUCGGAAAGACGUUUUUACAAAUAGAAACGCGCCAUUUGUGACUGGAAAACCGAAAACGCAGGAAAGAUAACGAGAUUCGUUCGAUCGUCUUCUUUUUCCAACCGAAGCGUCGCACUUUCCAACACCGACAAGUACAUUUCCCAAAGUAAGCUCAAAGUUGCAGAAGUUUGUUUCCUUUCGAUUUCCGCCGAUGUGUGACGUCACUCAAGGCGACGGCUCCAAGCUGCGUCGGCGUGCGACAGGCCAAUAACUUCACAUUUAGACACACUUCCUCGAGACUCUCUUGCCGGCGCGGUUGCAAGAUUUGUAUUUUAAACACGUUCGCGUCGUAUCAUAGAAGACGCGUCCGAGUUUAUUAUCGUCGCUCGCGUCCCGAGCUAGCUGUUAGCCUGCUAGCUGCUAACACAGCUAGGUGGAAGUAGUCCUAAAAAAAAAAAGGCGGCCAGCGUGAGGACAAAGUGCUUUUUUUUUGUUGUUGCCAUCGUGCGAAAAUGUGCAAAGUGAAAAUGCUGCGAGCUGUGGUGGACCAGCGGCUGGGCGCGGCCGUGGAGGAAAUCUUCGCGCUGCUGGAGAAAACCAUAAGAGAGUACGACGAGGAACUUGCCAGAAGCAAGCAGGAGAACCGGCGGCAGCGUCAAGUCCUCGACGCCCUUUCCAAAGCGCACGCGCCAGACGUCCGUCGAGAGGACGCGCGGCCCGACGGACCCCGGGCCGCCCUUGGAGAAGAGCGAGACAAACGCGCCGCGGCCGGCGUCGUCGUCAAGAGUGAAGAAGACGAGGAUGAAGAAGCCGGGCGCCCUCCUCACGCGGGCGCCGGCCUCUCGGCGCCGCUCUCAGACAGCAAAAGCGACGAUGACGAAGAGGAGAAGAAGGAGGAGGAGGAGGAGGAAGUGGCCAAAGGUGCCGUGAGCUUGAAGUGUUCUCAAUGCCACAAAAGCUUUUCCCACCGGAAGAACUUGAAAAGACACACGAGGUGUCACACGGCGGAGAAACUCCGCGGCCGCUCGUUUUGCGGCGAGAGCUUCUCGCGGCGGGAACGUUCGCUCGAGCGCGGCCGAAUCCGCGGCGGGGACAAACCCUUUUCCUGCUCGGUGUGCGACAUGACCUUCCGCUUUCACUCCACCUUUGUCAACCACAUGCGGACGCACACGGGCGAGAAACCGUUCAGCUGCCAGGUGUGCCACAUGCGCUUCGGCGUCCACUCGUCGCUGCUGAGGCACGCGCGCACGCACUCGGGCGAGCGGCCCUUCUCGUGCUCCUUCUGCGACAAAAAGUUCUCGCGCAAGGUCAACCUGAUCCGCCACACCAGGAUCCACACGGGGGAGAAACCCUUCUCGUGCUCGGCGUGCGACAUGACCUUCGGUUCUCGCUCCAAGCUGGCCGACCACACGCGGACGCACACGGGCGAGAGACCGUUCGCAUGCGCCGUGUGCGGCAAAACCUUUGCCCAGAAGACGCAUUUGAGGAUCCACACGGUCACGCACACCGGCGAGAAAGCCUUUUCCUGCUCCGUGUGCCCUCGGACCUUCUCGCUGAAGAGCAGCUUGGUGACGCACACGAGGACGCACACGGGCGAGAAGCCCUUCGGCUGUCAGCUGUGCCGGGAAAGGUUUGCGUACAAGUACCAGCUCAAGAAACACGCGUGCGCCGCCGGCGAGAGCGGCGACGCUCGGACGCGUUCCGAUGGUUAGCUUUUGACUCAUUCUACGGGUGGGACGUCGCCGUCGCAGUUUGCUAAAAGGGAAACUCCUCAUAAAGGUGCGUACACACACUCACAGUGAAAUAUAUUUUUUAUAUAUAUAUAGCGGAACCUCGGCUCCCGUGACCCAUUUGUAACCCGAAACGUUCUCAACCCCAAGUCAUGUUUCCUAUUGAAAUGAAUGCAAAUUCAAUUGAUCCGUCCCAUCCCCCAAAGGAAGUUCGACUAACCUUUUGUUAUCAGUGUGUUGGGUUAGAAAUAAGUGAAAAUCCCACUCACUACUUUAAAGGGGGGGGGUGGGGGACACUAAAUAAACACGAUAUCAUUUAGUUUAAGGACUGCAGCUCCUACAAGUGAAGAAACUUUUUCUUCCAUCCUAACACUUAGAAGUUCAGAAUCAGGUGGGGUUUUUUUUUCUUUUGGAAUUUGGGGUUUUUGUUUGCUGUAAGCUAUAAUCAUCAAAAUGGAAAAAAAAUAAAAUAAAAUAAAUCAUGAAAUGUU